CCCCCGUCGCCAUGGCGAGGCCGCGGCGUCCCGUGCAGGGCCGGGCCGGCGGAGAGCUCGUCCUGCGCCAUGAGCCCAGUUAAAAUGAACGUGUUGCCUCAAGCGAUCCUCCAAAGCCCGGGGGAGCACCCCAAGUUCAUAGAGCUGCCUCUUUGCCCCCCAUUAGACUUUGCAAGGAUUCAUUUGAUCAAAGACAAAGAUGCCAUAGAUGAUUAUGUGGCGAAGAAUAUCAAAGGGGUGUCAAAACAAGAAGCUGAUGCUUACAGGAAUUCAUACAAGAAGAACAUCUGCAUAGACAUGCUGCGCCGGGGUUAUCACAAGUCCUUCUCUGAGCUCCUCACUCUGAUCCAGAAGUGGAAUGCCUUGAGGGAGGCUGCAGGGCCUGGGUCAGCCAUAUGGCAUGAGAAGUCCCUGGAGGAGCAGCCUGAUAAGCUGGAUCAGCUUUACCACUUCCUGACCGGGGCUGAGGCAGCCCAGCGAGCAGGGCACUAUGAGAAGGUGUAUGAUAACCAGCUUAGCUUGGCCUGCUCUUUCAGUGACCCUGAGGACAAAUGGUUGAGUGACUACUUUUAUGAAAAAAGCUAUAACACUGCUCAGUUAGUAGAAAUCGAUGGUGGGAAGAGAAAGGCACAAGCAUAUGUAAACAUGGGCCUCAUCAUGGAGGAACAAGGUCAUGUUACAAAAGCUGCUGAGUAUUUUGAAGCAUUUUAUCAGAUAACAGAGGGCACAUCAUGGAAGGACAAGACAGGCCGCACUUACGCUUCGCUGGCGUGUCAGCAUCUCUGGAGAAUUUAUACAUUGCUAGCAGACAAAAUGCUAGAAAAUAAAGAACACCAAGAGGCCAUCAAAACGUUAAAAAAAGCUUUAAAGAUGGCAAAAGAAGGAGGUGAUAUCAAGACCCAAGGAGAAGCAGCCUAUUGCUUAAGUCUAGCAUAUCAUUUUUCUGGAGAACAUGAGACUGCAUUAGCAGUUUUGAACACCUCUGUAGAAAUCUUCACAACCCUUUGUGAUUCUGCUGGCCUUGGCAGAGCAUAUGCAGCUAUAGCCAAGAUCCUGGCAAGUCAGGGAAAAUCAAAUGAGGCUGUGAAGUACUUGGGAGUGUUUGUGAAGGAUGCUGAGAGUGCUAAUCUAAGCCAAAGCCUGGUGGAUGCAAAUAUCCUACUUGGAAAAAUUCACAAUGAAACCGGGAACUACAACGAAGCUCUGGAAUACUUCAGCCAGGCCUCUGAGGCAGCGAAAGCUCUGAAGGAUUUGCCCUUGGUGGCUGAAACAGAGAGUUACUGUGGCAUUGCCAAGGCUCACCAGCUGAUGGUGGCGUUCAACAGCCACGUAGCAGCAGCCGCGGAUCCCCUCAGCCUGCAGUGCCUGCUGGCAUGGAAGCAAACCAGAAGUGACAUGUGCACUGACCCUCUUCCAGCCGAGCAUGGUAAAGAAACAAGUGCCUCAAAGCCUCUGUGAGCCUCUGUCCAAGACACCAGUUCUAGAUCUUCCUGAGGAUGCCUGCUUACUGACAGAGAAACUCAUGUAUAAUGAGUACAGGAAGAUCCUUGAAGAGUGGUGCAACAAAGUAGGAAUUUUAGCAAGUUUUGUCAUUAAAAUGUUAUUAUCAAAAAAACCCCACCUGUUAUUGAAAUAAUUUUUUUAAAAAGACUAAGAGUAGUAGAAUAGAAAGUUGCCCCCAUUGUUUAAUGUCUUCCAAAGUGUCCUCCUGUUAAGAUAUUAAGCAUGAAUGGCAAUCCAAGAUGCUCAAUGCCUUGUAAGAUCAGGCUCCAAAUGUGUCUGGAGAGUUUUCUUUAAAUCCCAGAUUAUGGUCCCUUUCAGAAAAACUUACUCAUAGAGCUACCAGUGAUUUUAGCAUGUGUGUAAUGAUUGGGGUUCAGCUGUAGCUGAAAUAGAAUUGAUUCACCCCAGAUGGCACACUAUGGUGCAAUUUUGAUCCAAUAUAUAUCACAGGUUGGACUGAAAACACAACCAGGUUUGUUUAAAAUCCAUCUGGAUGCAAUCCAGUGCCUUGUGCUCUGGGAUAACCCUGCCUGGAGGUGGGACCAGAUGUGGUCCCUCCCAGCCUGACUCAUUCCAUGACUCUGCGCUUCACACCAUCAGGUAAACUAAAAUUCUGCUUAGGUUCUUUCUGGUAAAUAAUCUGAAGCACUGAUUUUGGUCUCUAUGUAAAAAUUGUGCCCCAUUUUGAGCUGAUGAAACUCCUGACAAUGGGUUCCCCACAUGACCCACUGACAUCUUGGUCUUCAGAGUUCUCAGAGCCUGCUGCCAUCACUGUUGGCAUUAGGAAAAGUUAGAGGACAGAAGAUGGAAGUUACCACUGUGCAAAAUACACAUAAAAGCAGAAUCUGGAACCUUUGAAUUUUAUUUAGGAAAACUGGUGAUUCAUACUUUCACUUAUUAGAAAACCCCUUUUUUGAAACUAAACAAACAAAGCUUUAUCACUCCCAGUAACCGACCAUUCCUUUCUUUAAAUGGAGGUUUCCAGACUCAGAGUUUGUAGCGAGGUCCAUUAGACCUAUAAUCAGGUUUUAUGAUGGUGUUUGAGCAAGCAUUAGCUUUUGCCAUAGUAAUAACUCAAUUCACAGUUUUCUUCAGGAUUGCAAUCCGAGUAUUUGGUUGACAUGUGACAAUAGGGUUUCUCCUUGUUAAAGAAUAGUAAAAAUGUAUCAUUAACCAGCUCUUAUUAGACUAUUUUUGAUCCAAAAUGCUGUAUGCAUGCAAUUUAAAUACAAAUAGCUCAAUAAUUUUG